CGGUCUGCCAUAACGCUCUGCUAUUGGCUGGCACUUCGCUCUACUUCUUCACAGUGCGGCAGUGGCAGCUGCUUGUGGGAGCGAAAAUGCAGCCGUUACAGCGAUAGUCGUGUCAUAAUUCUCCAUUCUGCAAACAUGUUGCAUUCCUGCAGGAGCUUAAACAUUAACUGGUAGAGUGUGACCAAGAAAUCCUCCUGUCUUGACAUUAUAAAAGGAGGACGGUUAAUCGGGCGGGCUGGCUCCCCUAGCCCAGGCAGGACCUCAAGUCAACAUUCGCAUCACCAGAUCUAAGUUGGCCGAGCAAAGCGACGAAGAGCCAUCGAAAUGACAGAGAAGAGGAUCUCGAGGUGGUACUUCGGAGGGAUAGCGUCUUGCGGGGCGGCAUGUUGCACUCAUCCGCUCGACCUGCUCAAGGUGCACUUGCAGACGCAGCAGGAGGUGAAGAUGAGGAUGACUGGGAUGGCCCUUCAAGUUGUUCGCAGCGAUGGCUUUUUUGCCCUCUACAACGGGCUGAGCGCUUCCUUGUUCAGACAGAUGACCUACUCUCUGACGCGCUUUGCCAUUUAUGAGACUGUGAGGGACAAACUGGCCGGUCAAGGACCUCUUCCCUUCUACCAGAAAGUCUUACUUGGAGCCUUUGGAGGUUUCACUGGUGGCUUUAUAGGAACGCCAGCUGAUAUGGUCAAUGUUAGAAUGCAGAAUGAUAUGAAGCUUCCUGCUGAACUAAGAAGAAACUACGCUCACGCACUGGAUGGGAUGUUCAGGGUCUGGAGAGAAGAGGGAUUAAGGAAACUUUUUUCUGGAGCCACCAUGGCAUCUAGUCGAGGGGCUCUGGUCACAGUAGGGCAGCUGGCCUGCUACGACCAAGCUAAGCAGCUCGUUCUGAGCACGGGUUUCCUGUCGGAUAAUAUCUUCACCCACUUCCUUUCCAGUUUUAUUGCGGGUGGCUGUGCCACUUUCCUUUGCCAGCCUUUGGAUGUUUUGAAGACCAGGCUGAUGAACUCCAAAGGGGAAUACCGGGGUGUAAUGCAUUGCAUAGUGGAGACAGGAAAACUGGGACCUUUGGCCUUUUAUAAGGGCUUUGUUCCUGCUGCAAUUCGACUUGUCCCACACACGAUCCUCACAUUUGUCUUUCUUGAACAACUUCGAAAGUACUUUGGGAUCAAAGUUAUAGCAUGAUGUUUUGGGGGAGGGGGACCCAGCAUGGAGAGUCGGCACUUCUUAUCUUUCCGAUUUGUGGAGAGCAGCGACGGACGAAAAGAAAUGGACGAUGGAGUCAUGUCCUUUGUCAAUCAAGUUUGCAGCCUUUAAUUAUAAAAAUGAAAUACAAUUCCAGUGUACUAGUUAGGGGAGUAAUUCUAAUUGAUAGUUUUAUGCUGAAUCUUAAUAUAUUGUAAUGAAAAGAUUUUGAUUUAUUGUAAUUUUGAAUUAACACACUAAAAGUGGUGUCUUUUUCAUUUAGGGAGACAAAAAAAAAAAGACGUUUUAGUUUAUAGCCUAGCAGUAUCACUCUUUCUUAAACAAAUGAGAAGUUGAAUGAAUUUGUGUAAUGUUUGUCCUGAAUGAGGUCAUUUGUCACUACUGUAGCUCACUGCAGGCCACAAAGUGGUAAAGGGGCAUUUUAGUGGCACUUUCAGCUUUAAUUAGUCACAGUCACUGGUGUUAAUUUAAAUGGGGGUCCUUUGUCCACUUACACUAAGGUCCAUUCUGAGUUGCCUCCAGAUGGAGACGGCUGGCUUUAUAUGGUUGUCUGGAAUCUUACAGACCUUUAACGGGGCAUUAAUUCACCUGUUAUUUUAUUUUAUUUUUUUUUACUUUUGGUGUUUUCCUUACUGGCCUGUAGACUCGAGACCCCUCAAGUAUGUGCACAUUUACACUGUUUUCUGUGAUUUGUACGUUUUCUCCUGUAGUAUGGCCAAUUAAAACAGAUCUUGAGGUUUUCUAGAGGGUGAAUUACUUGGGGAGUUGGUGCUUAGUAUAAAACUGGAAGCGGGCGACGAUGUAACCAGAAGUGCCUUAAAGCCAGGAGUGUUCAGUCUGAAUGCCCACUCUGGUGUCGCUUUACAAAAAAUGUAUAGAUAGAAAUGUGAAAAAUGU